AUGGCUGGCGACACUGCUCUCGCCAUCGUGGCUUUAGUUCCCGCCCUAGCCGCUGUGAUCUUGACUGAUCGCGGCUGGGAUAUGAUCACCUGGGCAGCUCGUCGAGGCCGAAUAGCCUUACAUCCAUCUGAAGGAACAUGCGCAAAGCUUUUCUGGCAUAAUUUAUCGGACGGACCGCUCCACGUUUGCACGUCGUCUCAAUGUCAUUCCCAGACACACGUCAAAGACAAGACGUGCUGGGAUCGCACUCUCACAACCGUCCUUAAUCAACGAAUAUCAGCAGGUUAUGAGCGCUUAAAUAAGCCCCAAUCUCUACUUCUUUCCAAUGACCUUUUAUACGUCGACGCUAAUGUGAUCCGCGCCUUCAUUAUCAUGGCGGCUAAAGCCGACCACUUGCCCUCAAGACAGCGCCCUGAUGCCAUAGACAUCGACUUUGCUGGUGUAGCCAUCAACAGGCAGAUCAUCAAGAAGAUGGAAAACAAGCCAGAUAUCCUCGUUCUUCACCUCCAAGGCACAUUACAAAGAACAUUGUCAAAAUCACAUGUUCAGAGAAUUCUCGACGGCUAUCCACCACUAUCUCAGGAUCCUUGGCAGCGGUGCAUCUUCAGCGGCAGUGAUCUGCGCCGUGGCGGCUGGAUUGCCGCCAUCGGCCUCGACGAAGGCUGGGACGAUGAGGUCUCAUUCCUACCCGUUUAUGUUGACUCUAUUCAAUUCAAUGGUAAAAGGGGUGGCCUCUUUUGGAGAUCCAUAAAUCGUAUCAUUACGAUGCUCUCUAAUAUCUGGCUACCAGUGUUUCAAUCGACAUCGGGCGGCUACAAAGUGAAGCAGGCUUUAGAUGCUCUUACAUACAUGAGAAAGGAAGAGACAGACAGCGGUUUUACCAACUUAUUUGACGUCUCGAUUCUGCAGUCAUCACCGACAACUCUGCAGCAACGACAAAUCAUCAAAUACUUUAACGGCGAGCCAACUCUAGCCCACAGUAACUUUGCACAGUUCCGGCAAGACUGGGAAGCGUUGCUGGAUGCGGUGCUGGUGGCUGUUGUUCUUGGAACGUCUCGGUGCGUUUCUUAUGUUAAGAAUCCCGGCCGAGAGAUGAACCUUCUUUCCCUAGACACGUUGCUGGACUCUUCGGAUAUAUACAUUCGCGGAUGCUAG